AUGGGAAGAUUUUCGGUCGUGUGUGUGACUCUAUAUGUUAUGUUGGUUGAGGCUGACCCUUUUGAUGACUAUGAAGAUCCUAUGAAUUUUUGUAAAACAAUUGGGAGAAUCACAAUAGCAGAAAUCAAGAAACAUCCAUCGUUUAUGAAGAACUUGCCUAAGUAUAUGGUUAAAGGUGAGAAAACAAACUAUGACAAUGAGAUCUUUGACCAAUUACUGAAAAGUGUUAAUGAGGUCAACCAAAUCAUACAAGAUGCAAAGAUUCCUAGAGAAGUAUCCACCACCACAGAUGGGUGGUCGGAGAUUGGCGGGUCCAUGGAUCCCAAUGAAGAUGAAUUUGACUUGGAGAAUGAGAUUAAUUACAGUGCAGAUCACUCUGCUAAAAUCUAA